AUGCCCAUGCCUGGUCAACAGAAGAGAUUGUUUAACUCUCUGAAUUCCACGUCCCCAGAUUCUCUCCAUCAAGUUGUCCCUACCAAUCAGACAGGUUUACCGUGCCAGGGGCUCUUCAUUCCAGAUGAGCUGUUCUUGACCCUGGGGCUGGUGAGCCUAGUGGAGAACAUGAUGGUAGUGGUAGCCAUUAUCAAGAACCGCAACCUGCAUUCACCCAUGUACUAUUUUGUGUGCUGCCUGGCUCUAUCAGACCUUCUGGUGAGUGUCAGUAACCUGCUGGAGACCUCGGUCAUGCUACUUCUGGAGAAAGGGGUGCUAGUGAUCCAGGAGCCAAUGGUGCAACAGCUUGACAAUGUCAUUGAUGUGUUGAUCUGUGGUUCCAUGAUGUCCUCGAUUUCCUUCUUGGGAGCCAUUGCCGUUGACCGCUACAUCAGCAUCUUCUAUGCCUUGCGCUACCACAGUAUCGUUACCCCUUGUCGAGCUCAGGGAGUCCUUGCUGGCAUCUGGGUGUCCAGCGCCUUCUCUGGCACCCUCUUCAUCUCCUAUUACAACCAUAAUGCAGUCCUGCUCUGUCUCAUUGGCUUCUUCUUAUCCAUGUUGGGGCUCAUGGUGGUUCUCUACAUCCACAUGUUCAUCCAGGCAUGUCAGCAUGCCAGGAGGAUUGCUCGGCUACACAAGAGAUAUGCCAUUCACCAGCUGUCCGCCCUCAAGGGGGCUGUCACCCUCACGAUCCUGUUGGGCAUCUUCUUCCUCUGCUGGGCCCCCUUCUUCCUGCACCUCACACUUAUUGUCCUCUGUCCCAGGCAUCCCACAUGCAGCUGCUACUUCCAGAACUUCAACCUUUUUCUCAUCCUCAUCAUCUGCAACUCAAUCAUUGACCCCCUCAUCUAUGCCUUCCGCAGCCAAGAGCUCCGCAAGACCCUCAAGGAGGUGAUUCUAUGCUCCUGCACCGGCACAAUUACUCAGGCAAUGAGGCUGUUCCAGGACUGGUCCUUCGCCCUUCCCGACAGCUUAAAAAUUACCACUCACAGUUCUGUGGCGAAGCACCUUCCUCAGAGCCCUUUGAGGCGGAUGAGGUCACCCAGGCUUAAGGGCACGAUGUGUUUAGCCAAUGGACACUGGGAUCGUCCUCUGCUGGAUGUGAGGCCUGGGGAUGGAGCCAACACGAUGACUGAUGGGAAGUGUACGAGGUGCAAAUGUGGGAGUAUAAGGACUGGGAGGGACAAUGGUCAGUAUAACUUGGGAGCUGGAGAGAUUAAGGGCUACUUGGACCAAGAGUCUGCUCUGAAGAGGGCCAACUUGGGAGGCCUGCGAGAACGCGCCCCACUUCCCAGCUCCGGACGCUCCCCUUGCAGCAAGUCAGCAAGAUCAGCGAGGAUGAGGGAAAUCGUCCACAUCCAGGCCGGCCAGUGCGGCAACCAGAUCGGAGCCAAGUUUUGGGAAGUGAUCAGUGAUGAACAUGGCAUAGACCCCAGUGGUAACUAUGUGGGUGACUCAGACCUGCAGCUGGAGAGGAUCAGUGUUUACUACAAUGAAGCCUCAUCUCACAAGUAUGUGCCCAGGGCCAUCCUAGUGGACCUUGAGCCUGGAACCAUGGACAGCGUUCGAUCUGGUGCUUUUGGACAUCUCUUCAGACCUGACAACUUCAUCUUUGGUCAGAGUGGUGCCGGGAACAACUGGGCCAAAGGCCACUACACCGAGGGGGCCGAACUGGUGGAUUCAGUGCUAGACGUGGUGAGGAAAGAGUGCGAGAACUGUGACUGUCUUCAGGGGUUCCAGCUCACUCAUUCCUUGGGUGGCGGCACCGGCUCAGGCAUGGGCACCCUUCUCAUCAGCAAGGUACGGGAGGAGUACCCUGACCGAAUCAUGAACACUUUCAGUGUGGUGCCCUCGCCUAAAGUCUCCGACACCGUGGUGGAGCCCUACAAUGCCACCCUGUCCAUCCACCAGCUGGUGGAGAACACAGAUGAGACCUAUUGCAUCGACAAUGAAGCCCUUUACGACAUCUGCUUCCGCACCCUCAAGCUGGCCACCCCCACCUAUGGCGACCUCAACCACCUGGUUUCUGCCACCAUGAGCGGUGUUACCACUUCCUUGCGCUUCCCUGGCCAGCUCAAUGCCGACCUCCGGAAACUGGCUGUCAACAUGGUGCCAUUCCCCCGCCUACACUUCUUCAUGCCUGGCUUUGCCCCGCUCACAGCCCGUGGCAGCCAGCAGUAUCGAGCUCUCACAGUCCCUGAGCUCACCCAACAGAUGUUCGACGCCAAGAACAUGAUGGCAGCCUGCGACCCUCGCCACGGACGUUAUCUGACAGUGGCUACUGUCUUCCGUGGCCGAAUGUCCAUGAAGGAAGUAGAUGAGCAGAUGUUGGCCAUCCAGAGCAAGAACAGCAGCUACUUUGUGGAAUGGAUCCCCAACAAUGUGAAGGUGGCUGUCUGUGACAUCCCGCCCCGUGGCCUGAAGAUGUCUUCUACUUUCAUUGGCAAUAGCACAGCCAUACAGGAGCUCUUCAAACGUAUCUCUGAGCAGUUCACUGCCAUGUUCCGUCGCAAGGCCUUCCUUCACUGGUACACCGGGGAGGGGAUGGAUGAGAUGGAGUUCACAGAAGCUGAGAGCAACAUGAAUGACUUGGUGUCCGAGUACCAGCAGUACCAGGAUGCCACAGCAGAAGAGGAAGGGGAGAUGUAUGAGGAUGAUGAAGAAGAAUCAGAGGCCCAGGGGGCCAAGUGA